ACAAUAGUGAUAGUAGUGAUAGUGAGAUUCAGGAGGAGAGGUCCGCUGCUCCCCCGCGUCAGCCACCCGCGCCCCGGCUCCCAACAGCUCAGGUGGGCACGCCACCCGGUAUCUCACGCGGGCGAGCGCUACGGAUCGCUCUCGGCAGUGAUAGUAGUGAUAGUGAGAUUCAGGAGGAAAGGUCCGCUGCUCCCCCGCGUCAGCCACCCGCGCCCCGGCUCCCAACAGCUCAGGUGGGCACGCCACCCGGUAUCUCACGCGGGCGAGCGCUGCGGAUCGCUCUCGGCUUCCCAACAACUCAGGUGGGCACGCCACCCGGUAUCUCACGCGGGCAAGCGCUACGGAACGCUCUCGGCCUCCCAACAGUUCAGGUGGGCACGCCACCCGGUAUCUCACGCGGGCAAGCGCUGCGGAACGCUCUCGGCCUCCCGGCCAUCGGACGCGGGCGGGCACAAAUUUACGCCGACUCCCUCACGCAGGGUCGCGCGUAUCGUCCAACCGCGGAAGACGAAAGAUUGGCGGACGAGGCGUUCGACCAAUUGGAAUUGAUGGCUGCGUUGAGACGGAUGCCGGCGGGCCGCGGCCAUGGCCCCCCCCUCGUCAAGAUUAAGAUGCACUAA